UGCAUAACAAAAGUAAUGGCCAUCUAUGUGGGUCCUUGUGAAGGAGGGAUAAUUCUCAUCAUCCACCGUAGGUGUGAUUGAGCUUUCUGCGUGUUGGUGCGCGCGCCCGGCCCCGUCAGCGGCAGCCCUCGGCGUCUCGGCCGUCUUCCCGUCGGAUGCGCGCCGCUCACGGCCGCGCAGCGGUUAAUAAUCUGGCGGAACUUCGGGCUGCGACUCGGGGUUAAAGCAGCCAGUUAGCCGCGCUAACGCUAGCUGCUACCAGCCAGCGUCUGGGAGACGGGCGUGCGAGUUCGACGUCCCCUGCCCGGGUCCCCUCGCGCUUCGGAGUUUCAGCGCGGCGCCGGCGACCGUGCUCGCGGCUGCGCGAGCGUAGUCAACAUGGAGGGGACGCACUUUGCGAGAGCAUGAAGACGGCGACGAGCGACGGCGGCGACUAAACGAGGAUUAAAAGCGACGCUGGCUCGAUGGGGAAAAGUUGAGCCGAGGAUUCCGACUCGGCAGUGAGCGAAGAACGCGUUCCAGACCCACCUUUCGUACCACGGCAUGCUAAAACCUCAGUGAUGGAGCCCACAGUUGUGAGUACGUCUACUCUGCCUCCCGAUGAGUUCGAUAGAAAUGUGCCACGGAUCUGCGGCGUGUGUGGAGACAAAGCCACCGGCUUCCAUUUCAAUGCCAUGACCUGCGAGGGCUGCAAGGGCUUUUUCAGGCGCAGCAUGAAGCGUAAGGCCACCUUCACGUGUCCCUUUAAUGGCAGCUGCACCAUCACCAAGGACAACCGGCGCCACUGCCAGGCAUGCCGGCUCAAGCGCUGUGUGGACAUUGGCAUGAUGAAAGAGUUCAUUCUGACAGAUGAGGAAGUGCAGAGGAAGAAGGACUUGAUUCAGAGGAGGAAGGAGGAGGAAGCGCAGCGCGAGGCGGAGAGGGAGGCGCGGCGCCCUCGGCUCACUGACGAGCAGAGUCAAGUCAUCGCCACUCUGGUGGAGGCGCACCACAAAACAUACGAUGACUCCUACUCCGACUUUGGCCGCUUCAGGCCUCCAGUGCGCGAGGGCCCGGUGACACGCAGCGCCAGCAGAGCUGCUUCCCUCCACUCUCUGUCUGAUGCCUCCUCGGACUCCUUCAGUCACUCUCCAGAAUCAGUGGACACAAGGGUGAACUUCAGCAACCUACUGAUGAUGUACCAGGAGCAGGGCAGCAGCCCUGACUCCAGCGAGGAGGAGGGCUCCAGCUUUUCCAUGCUGCCUCACCUGGCUGACCUGGUCUCCUACAGCAUCCAGAAGGUCAUAGGCUUCGCUAAGAUGAUCCCCGGGUUCAGAGAACUGACGGCAGAGGACCAGAUUGCCCUCCUCAAGUCCAGCGCCAUCGAAGUGAUCAUGCUGCGCUCCAAUCAGAGCUUCAACCUGGAGGACAUGUCCUGGAGCUGCGGCGCACCUGACUUUAAAUAUCAGAUCAGCGAUGUCACCAAAGCCGGCCACACUCUGGAGCUGCUGGAGCCAUUGGUGAAAUUCCAGGUGGGUCUGAAGAAGCUCAACCUGCAUGAGGAGGAACAUGUGCUGCUGAUGGCCAUCUGCUUGCUUUCUCCAGACCGCCCAGGUGUGCAGGAUCACGCGCGGAUCGAAGUGCUCCAAGACCGGCUGUCGGAGACCCUGCAGGCCUACAUCCAGCUCCACCACCCAGGGGAGCGGCUGCUCUACGCCAAGAUGAUCCAGAAGCUGGCCGACCUGCGCAGCCUCAACGAGGAGCACUCGAAGCAGUACCGCUCGCUCUCCUUCCAACCGGAGCACAGCAUGCAGCUCACCCCGCUGGUGCUGGAGGUGUUUGGCAGCGAAGUCUCCUAGAGGCCGCCUCUCGCCCUCGGCAGCGGACCGCACGCUGGAGACGGGGGCCCCGAGGGUAAAAAUAGAGGAAGGAGGAGAAGAUGUGCUGGACGGACUAAAUGGAGGUGUGAAGUAUUAUGCAAGCGGAGGGGAGAAAGUGUGUGUGUGUGUGUGUGUGUGUGUGUGUGUGUGUGUGUGUGUGUGUGUGUGUGUGUGUGUGUGUGUGUGUGUGUGUGUGUGUGUGUGUGUGUGUGUGUGUGUGUGUGUGUGUCGUGUCUAAAAGAGUUUGUGUUGAUGUAAAGGCCAAGGUUUCACGGAGAGUGAACAGAUGAGCGAUACAGUUAAACAAGGGAACUUUACAGAAUACAAAUGAAACUAUACACACAACGUCUGCCUAUAUACAAUGUUUUUGUCUGUAUUUAUAUCAACAAACAGCUGCUUCAAAUGCCAGGACAUUUCGCGUGUGCACACGCACACGCCCACACAACAAACAUACUCAGUUAUUCAUUUAGCCAUUCAGUUGAGCUACCUCUUGGUUUUACUGGGGUUGUUUUAUAUUUACAUCACCUAUGUGAAACAGUAAUUUUUACACAGAAUACUUUAGAUACCGUACGGAUGACAUUUCAGUUUAUCAGUGCAAAAGCAGUGCCUGCACAUUACUCAGUUUUUUUUUUGUUUUGUUUUGUUAUUGUUGUUUUUCAUCUGUUUCAGUAUUUGACUCUGUAUACAAUUCCAAACACACACCUCUCACCUUUCACCAAAGGUUUGGCCAACUACUUUCCACAAAGCUUCCAGUUUCUAAACAGAGCUGCGCUGCUCCACGGUCUCCACGCACGCUGUCCGACAAGCCUCGCAGCCUAUGAAGGAAAAUGUCGUUCUUUUGCUUUCUAGUUCAGAGUGUAGUAUGUGAUUUCGUGAGGUUGUGAUAGGAUUUCAGAGUGCUGUUCCUGGGUGAGAAUUAGCCACUAAACGUGCUACUUUUACACUGCUAACUGUCAAUCAAACCAAGCCUGCUUCAGGGCUUCUUGCUCACUUUUAAAAUAGUUGAUUUUUUUUUUCAUGAUUCUUCGUUCUUGUUUGAACCUUUUUUUUUUUUCACUGCAAAUAGUUAAUUGCUACCACAUGUAUCUUAAGCACUGUUAUACCACCUUUUACUAUGUAAGCUACUAUGUAAGCCUAUGUAUUAAUCUACAGUAUUGAUAUUGUCUAUAUAUCACAGAUUUUAAAGGGCUAAAAUGCCAAAUCUAACUGGAAUAGUAAAUUGAGGCCAAAGCAAGAGGCCUGUCUUGUUAAUAUAUAGCUGCAUACCAUACUCAGAAUUGGCAUAGAUAUGGAUGUAAUUGCAAUAGGGUGUUUUUUGUUUUUAUUUUAUUUUUUACAUCAUUUGACCUUUAAAACAAUUCCAUGAAUUGUUCCUCCUCAGUACACAGGGAGCUCACUCGGUGGAGAGCUUGGGAAGCUGCUUCAGACCUCCUCAGAUAUCACACCCCUUUCGUUUCUGACUGGGAAGUGGAUUUUCUAGAAUGUCUGGGGGUCCGGCUGCGGCGGUGACGCGCACCUCCUCAGCGGGGCCCUCCUGUUUGAUGAUGUAUGCUGCGCAGCCUUCUAGUGGCUGCAUCAUGUAAAUACCAGGUAUAAAUAUAUAAUGUGUCCGCCGCUGUACAUAGGGCUACGUAGAUAUUUCUCAAGGCUAUUUUUUUUUCCCUCAAAAAUAUAUAUGCAAAUACAAUUUUGAUCCUUUUUCAUUGAUUCUUUUUGACUAUGUUCUGUAACACUGCGCUCUUUGUUUUCACUUUGAUCAUGUUUUAUGACGAGAAUGAAAUCGGAAUGGUUUAACAGGGAUUGCUUGUGAUUUGAGUCUCAGAUUUUUUUAUUUUGUUUUUAUUUUCUUUUUGGGUGUAGUGGCGGGUUGAUGUAUUUGACUUAUUUCAGUUCAUUUUCACAAAGGGGAAAAGCUACACAUACUGUGCUGCUCUCUAAUAUAAGCCAUAUAGAUCACCGAGGUAGUUACAUCUGAUAUAUUCCACCUAAAUGAUGACUCCAGGGCCUUGGAUGCUUUCAACAUGUAAUCUAACGUAUAUAUGCUAUUCAUCUACGGCUUUUGGAAGAUGCGUUUGUGUGUGUUAGACGUAUGCCUUCUCUCUGCUGCCAGUCAUCUUUGGCUUCUACAUCAUCAGGCAGCGUCUAAUGGCUUAUCAACCAAACUACCAGAGAAUUUGAAUGCUUUGGGUUUAAACGAGGCAGUUUCCCCUGAACAAGUGUUGGUUCUAAUUCCUGCCAAAAGCAUAUGAAUUCCCCCGACGCUUGGCUUAAAUCAUUUGCAGAGGUGGCACGAAGUCUGGACGCUUCUCUUUGUCUUCUGUUUACAUUGUGACUGAAGACGUGCGAUUGGUGACAUGGGCUUCCGAUGUCAGACCUAGAGCUUCCUUCAUCUCAGCAGACCAGGGCCACUUUGUGACCUCAGAGGAAGAUGGUGAAAGGCAGAGGAUGUAUGUGUCGACGGGCUUGACAGGUUUCUCUCGUGAGUAAGACUCGGUAGUUGUUGCUUUAAAUUGUUCGGCCCGCAAGGGUUGUCGUUAAACCUCCGUCACUGUGGCUUUAUUCCAGCUCAUCAGUAUUAGUCACUGUGACAGUCUGUAAAGCUGGCAGGGUUGGACACAGAGUUGAUUUAUAUAUAUUCCAUGUGUGUCCCCUGCUGUAAUUGAACUUUUUGGAGUUGAAGCUUGAGUGUCUUUAGGCAGUACCACUCAUGUAUAGUUUGUCAGACAGACGAGGGGUGUGAAGUGCUUGGUUACUGAACACUGACUUUUUUAAAGUUGUGAAAAGUGUCCAUGUUGUGUUUUCUUUCGUAGACGCAUACGUCUGUAUGUAGGUCUUGGUUUGAUUUUUGGCGUCCUGCUUCCUGUUUGGGGUAGACGUUUGCGUGUGUUUAACACAGUGGGAGCGUUGGUGAGCGUGCCGGUGCCACGGGGAGAGACCCCCCCCCCCAGCAACAGAACAGGGUAAAAGUGGAGUUGCGCGAGUUGAGAGCCGAACGGGAGAAGUCUGGGGGACGCGUUCGCACAGAGUCCAACGAAAACGGCGUCAGAAUUCUGAGACUGUGGAUACGUGGAUGUCGGGAACGCGGCCGAAUCAAAGAGCGCUUCCCCAGAGUUUCCUGUUUGGUCCGACCAUUGAAAGCUGCUCAGAGUCUGUACGUUUGAACUCUACCACGUGGUUGCUUAUAUACUGGAACUUGGAAACCACACGCUGGCAGAAAUCCACCGCGGUGUCGAUGGAUCCAUCUACGCUGGCAACAUAACACAGUAACAAUGGCUGCAAUAUCCAACUCAUGGUACACUAUCACCAGCAAGCUUUACAGUUCGUGUUCUUCUGUGUAACCGUCAUUACAAAUCCUGUCUGUAAAACUUGUAUGAUAUUGUUUAUAGAACCCGGUCAGCCGCCUCCCAUUCAAAGGCUUUCAAGUCUUCUUUUAUCUUUUUCUUUAUUUUCUGGACAGGGAUUGUAAUGGAAUAAACUUCAUGUAGUUCUUACAAAAGGAGUGUCCACAAUGGAUGUACACCAUAAUCUACCUAAAAAACCUACCUCUUUUAGCUCAGAUUUUGCUUUAGCAUUAAGCAUUUGCCUCUGUUUUUACUUUUUGUAAUAUUUGUAUUCAUGUUGGUAUUUAUUGCUGUCUAAUGAGUCAUACUUCACUGAUUACCUCAGAGAUAUCUCACAGAUCUGGGAGAGUCCAGCUAAUGAAGUCAUUCAUAGUUUGUUCUGUUUUUUUUUUGUUUAGUUUUUUUUUGUACAGUUCUUCCUCUUGGACUUAGCAUUGCCUUUUUUAACGCACAAACUACCAGGAGUGUUUUUAAUAUAGUGCCUGCACUCUGACCAGCGGGGCUUUGACUAGGCUGCGUUUCCUCCAGUAGUGGCGUCCUCCUCUGCAUCUCGGUCCCUUUGCUCUGUCCUGAGGAUAUCCACGUGGCUCUCGGCCGCUGACGUCUACCGCGUCUGCGUAGUUACGGAGGGCAACCUGGCGACGAGAGCGCCUGGGGGGCGAACGCAGCCGUUCGGAGGAAACAACCCGAAGGACUCACGGCAGUAGAGGCCGGCGUGUUCGUGCUCCACUCGUUACUGUUAGCAAGGCCUUCGCUCUGUAAUACAUGAUCCUUACCCUGUCCCCUCGGUUCCUCCGCACCCUUUCAUCUCCACCACCCGCCCCCCCUCAGACAUUGGGGGGGGGUCAGGAGAGGUGAACUCCUCCGUAUCCAUGCAAUGCUGCUUUCGUUUUGAGCAUCACCAAGUUGCAUGUUAUUGACAAUACAUUGUGAAGACAUGGUCCAAAUCGGCGUCUCGCAUCGGCCGGACAGGCUUCAUUGGAAGAUUGUGUCUUUCCAAACGUACCCAACUUAGUGAGGUUUAUUAGGAAAAAACUAAUUCCAUUUGAGAAUUUAAGUGUUGUAUUAAUUAAGCAACUGCUCACUUUGGUGAAUUUAAGCAAAGUUAUAUUUUAUUCAUGUCAAUCUGCUUCAGGUAAACACUGAAUGAAAGUAGAGAGUUUUUAUUGAUAGCUGGGGACUGAGGAACGUCGUCGCCAUGGGCACCUCUGUCCUGAGCUGUGUGCCAUAACGGACCCUUAUAAUGCAGGGAGGGUGUUGAUGAAGCUGGCUUCAGAUGUUCCCCAGCGUAUUGUGAUUGGGAGGGUUGUCUGAGUGUGACAUUGGCUUCUUACUUAGUACUUCAUCAGCCACGUGUAUUGAUCUUUUAUGGAAAAAUACAAUUUGAAUUGGCAUUGAAUUCUGACUCUGCAUUGUGAACCCAAAUCACUAAAAUAUGCCUGAACCAACAAAAGCACUUAAUGUAAUGUUUAUAACUCAUGCAUACUGAUAAAUCUACUAGCCAUGAACUGCCUAUGUAGUUAAGCAUGAUAUGGCUUCAAUUAUCAAAAAAUGUUAAGUCACCGAAAUUCUAAUGUAAUUGCAAUUUAUCUUUUUUUCUUUUUUUUCAAAGAUCUUUUUUUCUAUUAUAAAUUGGUGUUUAUGUAAUGUUAUUUUUGUCAGAUGUUUUUGGAAAUCAAUAAACAGUUGUACAUAGCA